UUAAAAGUUGUGUGCGUGCCGCAGAGCAAAAGAAAGAACAUAAAAAAAAGUGUCGAUCGCUCUCGUUUCGGGGGUGUGCGAGUGUCGAAAGCGAAAACUAAAGAUUUCAUUACGUUUCCGUUUGCAGUUCGAUUGAAAAACUCGAGAAAACCAGCUCCAGGAUUAUUACCGCGGUUUGUCGCCAGUGGUAAAUAGUUCCUGCGGACGAAAUUCGGCGAUGGAACAACACUGCUAGUAGAAGUAGUGAAAAAAAAUAGGGUGCACCUCGAAGAGGGAGAGCCUCAUCUCGGUUUUGGUCGGUGUUGCAGUGGGCCUUCGCCACCAAUACAGACAUCAGACAGUGAAUGCCCAAAGUCUUCUGUUUGUCAGGCGAUUGUGCGAGAAAAAAAAACAGCCAGGAAGCUAUUGUUUGCUGCGGCAUUCUUCUUGAGGUGGAAGCAAUCGACCCUCCCCCAGGGGAAACACCAUCAUGUCGGAUAUGCAAAGUUCCAUCGGCAAUCGGAUUAACAUGAUAGAAGCCAGACUGCAAAUACAGCAACCACAACCCCAACCAAGGACACCGCCAACACCACAUCUGAACUUCGAUCGUGCUCUGGGUUCCGGUCGUGGACGACCAAACCUAGAGCUUCCGCUUCUGAUUCCGACAGGCACUCACAAAAGCGAUUCCGAGCAACGGUUUCAAAAAAUAAUCGACAAAAGUGGCAUGCUGAAGAUUAAUGAUCAAAUCUAUAAGUCUACGCUUAACGAUAUGCAAGAACUGGGGGAACUGGGUAGUGGAACCAGUGGACACGUGGUGAAGAUGCGACAUAAACCAAGUGGAGCAAUAGUCGCUGUUAAGCAAAUGCGACGCACCGGAAACGACGAGGAAAAUAAGCGAAUAAUCAUGGAUCUAGACGUAGUGCUCAAGUCGGAGAAAUGCGGCUACAUCGUCAAAUGCCUGGGCUUUUUCAUAACGGAUGCAGACGUUUGGAUCUGCAUGGAAUUGAUGACCACCUGCUUCGAUAAGUUGCUGAAAAAAUCCAAAAAACCCAUUCCAGAGCAGAUAUUAGCUAAAGUCACUGUGGCAACGGUCAACGCACUUGCAUACCUCAAAGAAACCCAUCGCGUAAUCCAUCGCGACGUUAAACCAUCGAACAUACUGAUCGAUGAUCGAGGGAACAUUAAACUGUGUGAUUUCGGCAUAAGCGGCCGACUGAUCAAUUCGAAUGCCAAGACAAGGUCGGCAGGGUGUGCGGCAUACAUGGCGCCGGAGCGGAUAGAUCCUGCCAAAUUUGAGUAUGACAUUCGAGCUGAUGUUUGGUCACUGGGCAUCACAUUGGUCGAAUUAGCCACGGCCGUAUUUCCGUAUCCUAAUUGCAAAACAGACUUCGAAGUUCUCACCAAAGUGCUUACAUCCCAACCGCCCCGUUUGCCUGAGGGACAACCUUUCAGUGAGGAGUUCCGGGACUUCGUCAAAUGCUGCCUGCAGAAGGACUAUUUGGCACGACCUAAGUAUCCAGAUCUUUUGAAGCAUGCCUUUCUGAGGCGAGCGGAGCUGGAUACCGUAACCGAUGUUGCCGGAUGGUUCCGCAACGUGGCACAGAGUUGCGAUAUUCAGCUGACAACACCGCAACUGAUUGCCUGCGGUAGCGCUACAGCAGCGCCCGCAAGCAGCUUCUGCACUGGGUAUGCUCCUGGAAGCUCGCCAACUUCCGUCAGCAAUCAGAGGCCUUCUUCCUCGGCGUCCGAUCAAAAUAGAGUACCGACACCCUUCGAAAGUCUGACGGAAGCAGUUCAGGCACAGUCAAGCCAGCAAAAGCAAACCGUAAUUGCGUCGUCAAUUCCGGUCAAGUCAAACAAUAUGCCAAAUCAUACCAACACUAGCAGCAGCAGCAUUAGCAUCAGUAAUCAGUCAUAUGAACCGCAGAACUCCGGCCUCGAUUCACAGCAGACACUUCAAAUGAAACUCAAUAGUAUCAGCUUGACACCGGCAGCAUCAACUACCUCGUCUUCCACACUACCCUACAACUAUAUGCGCUCACCCUCACCUGGACAUCACCUGCAAGCGCAGCAACAGGCACAAAUGCAAACACCUCAGGCUCACUAUCUUAAACUACAACCAAAAAGUGCGAUAGUUAGUAAUAGUAGCAACUUUAGCAACGCCACUCCGGACGGAACUCGAAAGUACAAACAAUCGCCAUUCUUCUCCCGGAGAGCGAACGAUUCGGGCCCCGAACUAUUAGCUUAUGGCAGCCCGAAGAAGGAAUCGACGUUGAGCAGUCUAGGGCAGAGCAUAUUGAAAAAUUUGACCACCUCGCCUUUUUCGCACCGCAAGUCCGAACAGAAAUCGUACAAACCACCGCUGCCCGGCGAGGACGGAGGUGGUGGAGUUUCAAUGUUGAACGGCAAUCGACCCGGUUUCAGUAACCCAGCGUCGCCUCUUUUACUCAACCGAAAGAUGAUCGACCUAAACGACGACCAGCAGUAUAAGCACCUGCAAGGAAAUACUAGUCCCAUAGUUCUUCAACGAUUCUACCACCAGCAGAAUCAGCUGAGAGAAAACAAACAGCAACAACAGGAGCUACACUUGACUAACCCGUUCUAUCAGCAAGCACAACAACCUAGCGGCAUACCAAUUAAGUGUAGUCCUCUACCGUCACAUAAAACCGUGCAUCACGCGAUAAAUCCCGUUCUUCACAAUGAAGCCUACAUCGGCUAUCAGCAUAUGGUGCCACCUGAAGCAAGCAAUAUUCCGACCUUCCAAUAUCAACCCCACAAUACUGGCAGUCCAAAGCAUAAAAUUGGAAAUCUCUUCAAUACAUUCAGUCGAACCAAAAGUCAACAUGGAAGUGGCCCUAGUCAACGAGAAAGCCGUGCGGGUAGCGAUUUAGGUUACCCAGAGGGAGGAUUUUACCAAAAUCAUCACCAGCUCUACGGACGUCAAACGUUACCGGAAUACGGAAGCACAGGAUUAGCUAUGCAGAGUGGCAUAAGCCACGGCGAUAACAUUAAGGAAGAUACAGCAGGAUGGUUCAACUCAAUUACAGAUCUCGCCAAGAGACGAUUCGCUUCAUUUGUGAAACUAAAUCUGGCCUCGUCCGGUGAGAAACGACCAAAGGGAAAGCACCUACAGAAUCAGCUGCUCCAGCAGCAGCAGCUGCAACAGCAACAGUACCUAUUCACUGCCAGCAACGGAACAACAAUGGCACCUAUGAACAAUUUCAGUGCGAGUUCUUCCAAUCCGUUCGGUAGUUCCUCGAGUGGUAUUCCGUCUGCCAUUCCCCCAACGGCUGCCGUGCAUAUGCUGAGCAGCGACAGGCGGCAUAGAAGUCCGGAUCCUCCUCCAAGAUUUAACAGAGGUCAAUCUCCGCUCUUACUGCAUCGAAAAUUGGAAAAGCUCGGCCAAACAGGGUCACCGAUACUCAAUCAUCGGUUUACUUCUACUUCCCCGUCUCCGCCGCUGCCACCGCGACGAGGCUCCGAAAGUGUGCCCGGUUCACCGCAGCACGUUAGAACCCGAAUGCACUAUACUCCAGAGCCGCAUCGUCGACCCUAUCGUACCAUAGACCAAUGAGUAGGGCUACAGAUUCUGGUCAUGUGAUCAAGAUACACAUUUUUGGAUUGAACUGUUUCUGCUAUCGUCGUGUAAGAGGCACUCGCUAUCUUGCUGUCGAAGAAGAAGUUGCCGUUGUGAUUCUGGUAAGACUUCUGCUUUGUAUUAACGUGCGGGGUUUCUCGCACUAUAUAGACAAAAUUGUAUUUCCAAUAACUAAUGUUGCUUUAUAUGGUGCACUGUACAGUUUGCAUGCGGUGCAUAUACUGCUUAGAUGUGAUGAACAUUUACAUUUUUGUGAACAAGGGUAGGCAGAGAAAAACGAAAACAAAACGACCCAAAAAAUCGAGUUUCGCUUAGGUUUUGUUAGUAACGACAAGCUUUCCGAUGUUAAAUAUUUAAGGUACUUGCUCUUUAGUUAUCUAUGUCGAAAAAUAAAUAGACAUCAAUAAUGAUUACCCAUUUGGUGUUGAAAGUGUAGUCUCUCUUGCACAUCUUUGCUUCUCCUUAAGUAACAUGACUCGUUACGCGCUUCAAACAACAUGCCAAUCACAUGAGCCGGAAUAAACACAAUAUAUUAUAAAUGACAAACAACACCAAGAAGCAAUAAAAAUUACCGAUUUCACUCCCUAGUUUCUAUGGACAGCUGCUGACUGAAUAAAUUUUAAAUUGCAAUUGCUUUUACAUGUGAUUGUGUUUGACUGUGCCCAAUUUACUUUUAUUAAUUACCAUUAUUUUUAUUAUAAUAGUAAUCCAUUUUUUUUCCUAUUGCGAACCUAAAAUUUAUAAAACCAAAAUUCGAAAUUCGAUUGUAGCACAGUUUAUGCACGAUCGCACUUUUGUUUCAAAUAAAAAAUUUUCAUUGCGACAUAUAAUAACUCUACAUAUAUAAAAAAGUACUGUUCACAAUAGACUGGAAACUGUGGCUUGUUCUAUAAGAAAAAAGAAUCACAAUACAUUUGAAAAAAAAAAUACCUCUAAAUUCAUUUCGCAGGUAGAAACCUUUAUACGCGCCUAGACUUAUUUUCAACUAUUAUUAGCACCCCCUCUCACCCUAACAAAACACCCAAAAAAGACUUAAAGAUGUAUAACAGAAACAACAUAGUGGAAAACUUAUUUAAACUAUAACGCUAGCUAGCAGACAGAGAGAAAAUUUUCAAUUGUGUACAUAAUCUUAUUAUUAUUAUUAUUAUCACCUGCGGCGAGUUCUUUGAACCGAAAACAGACACAAAAUCGACAACAGCAUAGGAUAAGGAUAUAGGAAAAAUACGUUGUAUAUUCGAAUGAAGCAAACGUUGCAUGCGAACAGACAGGACGGAAAUGGACAGAAAAGAGAAAAAAAAGGAACAUUUAGUCAUUUAUUACAUUAUAAAUAUAUAUAUUAAAUGAAAAGUGAGAGUAAAAAAACACGAAAACGAAAAAAAUACAAUUAUUUAUGGAACAAAAACAAACGAAAAAGAAAUAAAAUCUUUAAACCAA